AUGGAAUUGAGUGCGGAUACUCCUCUAUCUACACUGGAAAUUCCUCCACAGCUUGGAAAACGCCAGGAGACGUUGACAUCGGCUCUUGUGUCUGCAGAGUCAUCAUCGGGCUCAACAAACACGGUAUCAUCUACCCCAUCUUCGUCUUCUACAUCGUCGACGAGUGCAGCAACGCCGACCAUAAUCGACUUCCCCACCCCUAAUGGACCACCGCUCCUGCAAAUCGGGAGCUACAAUUGUACAUCUCUGAUGACGCUGGAUUUGCUCACGGGUAUCGUAGAGGACUUUCUCGAGAUUACAGCUACUACGACUGAUGCUGAGAUAACCAUGUUCACGUUCAACGUGCAUGCUGCCUCGUCCAUCACCGAUCCGGACGCCCCAGCACCGAACCUUGCGCAAGACCAGCUUCCUGAAGACGGGCAACUCCUUAGUGAUGUGUUGCAGGGUAAUCUUUCCGAUAACACCCUUACGCCAAACGCGUUGGAUGACCAACGCGCAAACUUAAACAGCUCGUGGUAUGACGUUGAUUGGUCCAACCGCCCAUUGAUUGGUUACUACGAUGACUCCAAAAAUGCCGAUGGACAGCUGUUCACACAAAGUGGAUGGCCUACAGAAGCUUUCAUGGAGUUCAAGCAGCUACGUCGGGUUGUCGUUAGUUACGGCACAAUCGAUCCGCAAAUGGACAAGUACAACUUCGGACCAGAUCUCGAAUACGUUUUCCCUCCCGGAACUAUCAUCGACGAGCAGUCAGUAUCGAUUGGCUCCGAUGGGCGUGUAACUUCUGGAUGCUUGUUUGCGUCUUCCGACAACACCUUGACUUCAACAAGAAACUCGUCUUGGGCUCUCGCUGAUGCACCGUCACUUGAUGUUAGCGCGACGCCGGACUUUCAGUCAACUAUACCUUCCAUUACCAAUCUUACCGCCUGCGGCAUCACACCCUUCCUCAAUCAAACCCUCGCAAACACAACUGCAGACAAGAAUCCUUUACCCUACGCCGCAUACGUACACUCAACAUUAUGGACCUUCGCACCUGGGCAGCCUCUCAAUUCCUCUGGAGAAGGCGACGACACAAACGACAACCGCUGCGUCGUCAUGAUGAAGUCGCCAUAUCCACAGCGCUGGCGCAUAGAAGACUGCAACCAACGCCAUCGCGUGGCCUGCCACGAUCCACGACAACCCUACAAUUGGCGUGUAUCGGACGACUCAACCUACUACGCGAACGCUGAGGGCUAUUGUCGGGACCCAUAUCAGUUCAGCGUACCUCACACCGCGCUGGAAAACUCACAUCUUUAUUCUGCCUGGCAAGCUGCCGCUCCUGAUGAAGAUGCGCUGUACAUCAACAUGAACAGUCUGAGUGUGCCGGAUUGCUGGGUCAUUGGACUCAAUGCGACGUGUCCAUAUCUUCCUACUACUGACACCAACCGUACGCGUAUUGUCGUUGUGCCGACAGUUGCGGCUGCCUUCCAUCGUCAACCAAUCACUGACAUCAACCUCAAGAGCAUGUUGCGCAAGUUCUCAUCCAAGAUCGCCGCUCAUCGCUCAGCUGAGUCACCGAAGAACAGUCCGCAGUCCUCAUACCAACCCUCUCACUUCUCGACCCCAGCGCGAAAACCAUCGUUCCACGGCUCUCGCUACUCGGAACUGCCACCAUCGGGCCCCGUUCCAACGCCACGCUCUUCAGACAGAGCACCAUACUCUGCCACCGGCACGCCACGCGGAUCCGAUGGCGCACCCUACUCCGCAACCCAUACAUCACACUCGUCCUCGCAACCUCCCAUAUCCCUCGCCGAGACACCACGAUCCUCAGCCUCCGCCCCUCGUCCGACCGUAAAACACUACCUCAGCCCACCCCCACCGAACAUCCCCUACGACGAAGCCGCAUGGGCCAAACACGACUACCUCCUCUACUCCGUCUCAGCCCGCGCCUUGAACCUACACCGAAUGACCCUCGAUAUCGAAGCCCGAUGGCGAGCUGCCGAAGCCGCUACACCGCCCUCGAAACAAUACACCAUCGGUCGCGCAGCACACAUUCCUACAUUAGUAGAAGUACAUCAGUUGUUAGCGCGGAUCAAUACACUGAAGAGUGAAGAGCGAAGAUGGAGAAAAGACUGGCAUCCGAGGAGUCCGAUGCUAAGGUAUCCCGCUUGGGGGAAUGUGUAUGGCGAGGCUAUGGGUGUUAGUGCAGGGGAGGGAGAGGCGCCGUGGGAUGUGGUUCAGAAGCUGGAUGCAAUGGUUGAGGGGUUAAUGGAGAGGGUUAAGGAGAUAUGA